AUGGAUGAACAAUCUCUGUUGGAUGCAUCUCCAAAGAGUGUUGAAGACUUCCCUUUCGAGCUUGACAACAUGAAGCCGACCGAUUCUCAAUCCGCACUGGCGCGAUGCUUCGUCAAAUUUGGCCAAAGCCUCCGAACACACUCCCGCAAACUCACCAAAUUGAAGAGAAACGUAUCCAAGUCAAAGAAAGACGCAUCUAAGGCGAAAAAAGACUUUCCAAAACUGAGGACCUUCGCCAACGACAACGCCACACUGGUCAACCAACUCCAAACCAAUCUUGAAAAUGUGCGAGAAGAGCUCAAGAGCCUCAAGCCAACCGUAGAGGAACAUGAAUGCGCACUCACUCUGGUGCAACAAGUCCCUGCCCGUGUUGGUCUCGUUGAGGAACGGCUCGGUAGCAUCCAGGAAGAUGUCAUGAACAUGAAGUCGACUGUGAAGAUGAAUGCGGAGGCGUACAAUCUCGUUCAAGGAGUCCCUGGUCGUAUCAAAGACCUUGAAGACCAGAUCUACUGCGUUCGGGAGGAUUUCAGGACCAUUGAGUCAUCGAUGAAUGAAGCUUCCAACGCGUUUGGCCGUAAUCAGGAGGUCAUCGAUCCUUUCAAAGAUCUCGAAGCCCGGCUUCACAACGUGCAAGAAGAUAUUGAGAGUAUAAAGCCAAUUGUGGACGAACACACCAAAGUGGUGGAUCUCGUUCGUGAGACUCCCAGUCGCGUCGACAACCUCCAGGACAAACUUCGUAUCUUUCGAAAGAGUUUUGAGAAGAUGAAGCCAAUGGUAAAGGAACACGAAGAGGCACUUGAGCAGACCAUCACGCUAUUGAAGUCUCCGAUCUUCGAAGAGGACGGAGGCUACGACUCAAGUCGCCAUCGUCACCGUCACGCAGAUCCCACAUUUGGUACUGCCGCCAACUCUGACGGCUUCCAGGAGACCGAUGAUGAGCUCGCUGAUGAUGAACAUGAUAAUCGUGCAGACGAUGACCAUUCGGCAGGGUUUGGUGCCGCUGCCGAGCAUGACGACUACCAAGACAUCGAAGAACUUCUGCUGGUUGAUAAAGACAAGGAGGAUCGUGCUAAUUGUUAUCACAAGGCAAGGCACAACCGCCGCCAUCAAUCCAAGUCUGACGAGGAGGCGUCCCAUAUGGAUGGAGAUGAAGAAGCGGAGACUUCGCAGCUGUUGUCACGUUCCAAGCGCUACCUGAAGCGAGCCGGGGAUCCACUUCUCGAAGAGUCUCCAGCGCAAAGACCUAGGAGCGACGUCAAAGUAUGGGUCAACGGAUCUGGAGAUCUCGUUACCGACGCUUCGUAUCUUGCCAGGGGUACAGCAUGGAAGAACUUGAAGACCUCAUGGGAGGCCACAAAAAAAUUCUACGACGAAAAGGACAAGUACUGGACCUCGAUCAAUGAGCUACUUGACCUUCCUGAAGGAUUCAAAGGAGAAUUUGGUCCAGACAUGUUCUUGGCCAAGACUACCAUGAUCAGCAGGAAGUAUGUUGGCGUUUGGGAAUAG